GUCCGGAGUGGGUUCGUCUUUAGUCUUUAGUCCGGAGAGGAGAGAGAGAGUGAUGGCAGAGCUACGCGCGCGGAGGAGAAGCAGAAAGUUUUCUUCUCGCGCGGGGAUGUGAGCAGCACGCGACACUGGACGGAUUUCCUCCUUCUUUGGUUUUUUAUUUUUUUUUAGCUCAAACUCGUCUCUUGUGAAAAAUGGCCGUUCGUGGAAACUCUCUGAUGCCGUUCUCGAUCCAAUCCAUCCUGAACAAGAAGGAGGACAGCAGACACCUGGCUCACCUGGACCUGUGCUGGUCUCACAGAGCCGAACCCACGGAGCACAAACACAGAGCCGAACCCACGGAGCACAAACACAGAGCCGAACCCACGGAGCACAAACACUGGUCUCACACAGCUGAGCCCACGGAGCACUACGACUCGGACUCGGGACUGAGCACGUCGGAGAAGAACGGAGAGCGUGCGUCGGACGUGCUGGAGGAAAGUUUGCAGGAGGAGACGGACCAGGAGUGUGCAGCUGCAGAGAACACAAAGAGUGACAGUGAACCCACUAACACCACGGACUCUAGCACCCUGGACCAGAAGAGUCCAGACCAGGACCAGAAGAGUCCGGACCAGCCGAAGCAGAGGAAGAAGCGCUCGAGGGCCGCGUUCUCUCACGCGCAGGUCUUUGAGCUCGAGCGCCGCUUCAACCAUCAGAGGUACCUGUCGGGACCGGAGCGCGCGGACCUGGCGGCCUCCCUGAAGCUCACAGAGACUCAGGUCAAGAUCUGGUUCCAGAACCGCAGAUACAAGACCAAACGCCGCCAGAUGGCUGCAGAUCUCAUGGCCUCGACCCCGGCUGCAAAGAAGGUGGCGGUGAAAGUUCUGGUUCGGGACGACCAGAGACAGUACGGCCCGGGAGAGAUCCUGCGGCCCCCCCUGCUCUCCCUGCAGCCCCCCUACUAUUACCCGUACGCGUACUGCCUCCCAGCAUGGACUCUUUCUGCGUGUGCGGGGAACCAGUGAGG